GUUGGUAGUGGGGUGUUGGUAGUGGAAGGUGGAGUGAAGUCAGCAAGGCUGAGAGAGAGAGAGAGAGAGCGAGAAGGAAAUAUAAGAAACGAGAAGAGUGAAGAGAGAGGGGACACGUCUGGUCCGAUUCCGUGCGUUCGAACGAGAGAGAUAACGCGAGGGAGCGCAAGUGGCGUAUCAAGAUGGCGCAUAAUUUGGCACCGAGCGUCAACUGCUCGCUCGACGACAUUGACCUGAACGCCCUGAAGGAACCCGCUGGAAUAUUUGAGCUGAUCGAAGUUGUUGGUAAUGGAACGUACGGGCAAGUUUACAAAGGUCGACACACCAAAACGGGUCAGCUGGCGGCCAUCAAGGUCAUGGACGUCACAGAGGAUGAAGAGGAAGAAAUCAAGCUGGAAAUAAACGUAUUGAAGAGGUAUUCAAAUCAUAGAAACAUAGCAACAUACUACGGUGCCUUCGUGAAGAAGUCAUCACCGGGAAAGGAUGAUCAGUUAUGGUUGGUUAUGGAAUACUGCGGAGCUGGCUCCGUCACAGAUCUCGUUAAAUCGACGAAGGGUCAGAGCCUUAAGGAGGAAUGGAUUGCAUAUAUUUCCAGAGAAAUAUUACGGGGUUUAAGUUAUCUACACAGUAAUAAAGUUAUUCACAGGGAUAUCAAAGGACAGAACGUACUUCUAACUGACAAUGCUGAAGUCAAACUUGUUGAUUUUGGUGUUAGCGCCCAAUUGGAUAGAACGAUAGGCAGAAGGAAUACGUUUAUUGGUACACCUUAUUGGAUGGCACCAGAAGUAAUAGCUUGCGAUGAGAAUCCCGACGCUACUUACGACAAUAGAAGUGAUCUUUGGUCUCUCGGAAUUACCGCUUUAGAAAUGGCUGAAUCACAACCUCCACUUUGUGACCUCCACCCGAUGAGAGCAUUGUUUUUGAUUCCGCGUAAUCCACCGCCUAGACUGAAAUCCAAAAAAUGGGCAAAGAAGUUUCAUGGUUUUAUCGAGACUGUAUUGGUGAAGGAUUACCAUCAGAGGCCUUACACCGAACAAUUACUUAAGCAUCCAUUUAUAAGGGACCAACCAACGGAAAGACAAGUCAGAAUACAAUUGAAAGAUCAUAUCGAUCGUUGUAAGAAACGCAAACAGGAGAAAGAAAGAGACGAUUAUCGAUACAGCGGUAGUGAGAACGAGGAAGAUGAGCCAGCAUUGGCCGGUGAACCAUCGUCCAUAGUUCAAGCACCUGGCGGUGAUACAUUGAGACGUAAUUUCCAACAAAUUCAAGAAGGUCGAACGUUAACGCAAGACGUAUCACCUCAAGCACCAGCCGGUGGUAAGGAUAAACCAAAUCAAAGUAGAUCUCAACGGGAAGUACCAGAACCAGGUCCACCUGCGAGACCAGCCAUUCCACACAGAUUAAUCGUCGUGCCAGAUCCACAGCCACCAUCUCGACCAUUACCACCAACACCUAGGGAUGACCCACGACAAUCUCACAAGGUCUCAACACCGCCCUCCAAUCAUCAGGCACCUUCUGCCGGCGGUGGGGGUAGCGGAGGUUCUGCUGGACAAGCCGCACCUCAAAGAAACAGUCACGUGUUUAAACCUAUGCUGCCGCCGAGGAGGCCUGAGGACUUGGACAUGCUGGCCGCUCAACUCAACGAGCUUGGUGUGUCACAGGGCCCCGAGGCCCCGCCUAGGCCCAACAGACAACAUAAAGGCCCACCGGCUACGUCAACGUCUAAUUCAGUUCAACCAGCGAGCGCUAAUGAUCAAAACAACAAACAGAUGCAACAAUCUUCCAGUAUACUAGAUCAAGCACUGUCGAUUGAGAGUGACAGCGACGACGAUCUUGAAGAUGCUGGUAGUAACAAUCUAAGGAACGAUGGUACACUUCUUGCUAGCGAUCCACCUAAACCUCUUCCCGAAUUUUCUCCUUUCAGGCCAUCCUCGGAUUCAUCGUCGUCAUCCUCGCACAAUGCUCAGAAUUCCCAUCACGAAGGUAAGCCAAAAGGUGGUGCACCAAAUCGACCAUUACCACCAACGCCAGAUGAGGAAGAAUCCGGUGAUCGUACACUAGUCAUGAAACGAGGUUUUAACGAAAGGUUGGAUAAAAUGAAACAGGAGCAGCACCAGCAGCAAGAUGCUGCGACAUUGGCGGCGGCAUCGGCUACGGCGACGGUGACAACGGCGGUUGGUUCGAGCAAAUCCGGGAGCGAUGAACGUUCCUCUUCUUCUGGUGAAAGAACGCUUAAGAGGCAGGAGCAGUUAGCACGUAGGAAAUACGAGCACCAUCACCAACAACAACAACAACACCACCAGCAGCAGCAGCAGCACCAUCAUCACCAGCAGCAGCAGCAUCAUCUUCAUCAACAACAUCAAAAACAGCAACAACAACAACAACAACAACAGCAGCAACAGCUUAAAGCUGUUCACAGACGACAAGAAAGCGACUCGAAAGUUGGUAACACGUCGAGCGCGUUCGCCCGCGCAUUUCGUCGUGAAAAUUCCGAUUUUUUUCCAUCAACGAGGCACUCCGCUUAUCUACAAAAAUCGGAUUCCUCAAGGUCUAGCAUAUUCGCGAGCGGUAAUCGACGUGGCAGCGAGAUAAGCGUAGCAGGAAUAGUCGGUAAGAAGGGUAACGGACUUAAUACCGGUGAGCCCGUUCUCACUGACUUCUCCUUUGGACGUGACGGGCCCCAAAGGCCUAGGAGAGAAAAAACAGAGAGCGAAAUCGUCUUCGGUAACAGGCACGAGGCGAGGAGACUCGACUUCGGGCGCAAUAAAGACGAUACUACAAGGAGACGCAGUUGUAGACCUUCAGAUGCGGCCCUGGCCGUGUCGGAUGACGCCGGAACGAUUAAAUCCACGGCCAGUACAACGGCUAGCGAGUACAGCCCUGUUGUCACCCAGAACCGAGAAGGUGGUGAUCGAGCUCGAGGUGGUGGUGGUGGUGGUGAAUUCCAGAGAUCAGACUCGUCACCUGGUUCAAGGCCAAGCUCAGUUUUACCAGAUCUUUUGACCUCGUCCCCGGGUCAACGUCAGGACAAGUCUACAAGCGAGGAGUAUCGACAAGCGGUUAAAUCACCACCCCCGUUUGCAUUACAACAGAAACAGAGAUCGUUCCUGACAUUUGGAUUUGGUGCUGGACCAGCUAGAAGAGAAUCCCAUGUUAACGUUAACGUGACACCUACCAGCCAUGAUUUGGCAUCCGAUACCCCGGAAAUAAGAAAAUACAAAAAACGUUUCAAUAGCGAGAUUUUAUGUGCAGCACUGUGGGGUGUAAAUCUGUUAAUUGGUACGGAGAACGGACUUAUGUUGUUAGACAGAAGUGGACAAGGAAAAGUUUAUCAACUUAUUAGUAGGAGACGUUUUCAACAAAUGGAAGUACUCGAAGGACAAAAUAUUUUGGUUACCAUAAGCGGUAAGAAGAAUCGUGUGAGGGUAUAUUAUCUAUCAUGGCUGAAGAGUAAGAUUUUACGUACCGAUGGCCAUAGUGAUCAAGUGGAACGUCGCAAUGGUUGGAUAAACGUCGGUGAUCUUCAAGGAGCGGUGCAUUUCAAAAUAGUCAAAUACGAAAGAAUAAAGUUCCUUGUAAUCGCAUUGAAGGAUUCAAUAGAAAUUUAUGCAUGGGCACCAAAACCCUAUCAUAAAUUUAUGGCAUUCAAAUCGUUCGGAGAGUUAGCUCAUAGACCACUUCUCGUUGACCUAACAGUCGAGGAAGGUACGAGAUUGAAAGUUAUCUAUGGUAGUGCUGAUGGUUUUCACGCAGUUGAUUUGGAUUCAGCUACGGUUUACGACAUCUAUCUACCGAAACACACUCAGGGACCUAUUUGUCCACAUUGCAUCGUUGCAUUACCAAACAGUAACGGCAUGCAAUUAUUACUUUGCUACGACAACGAGGGCGUUUACGUGAAUACUUAUGGUAGAGUAGCCAAACAAAUGGUACUACAAUGGGGUGAAAUGCCUACGAGCGUUGCUUACAUCGGUACUGGUCAAAUUAUGGGUUGGGGUAACAAAGCUAUUGAAAUUAGAAGUGUCGAAAGUGGCCAUCUCGAUGGCGUUUUUAUGCACAAGAAAGCUCAACGGCUAAAGUUCCUUUGUGAACGUAACGAUAAGGUCUUCUUCUCAUCAGCGAAGGGUGGAAGUUCGUGCCAGAUCUACUUCAUGACGUUAAACAAACCCGGCAUGGCUAACUGGUGAUCCCGAAUGAGGCCGUGUCUGGCCCCAAGAACACCCCCGCGGAAUUUGACACACAAUCCACCCCGUGUGUCCGGUUAUACGCCAUCGGCGCGCACCCUUUAUCGCCCUUCACUGC